AUGUCUGUAAUUGUCGAUCAGAGCGUUAGUGAAAAUGAACUACAAGAGUACAGUGAAACAAAUGAAACAAAUGAAUCAAGCCAAUUAUUUACAAAACACAGAAAUGUUAGCAGUAAAGAGCAAGGAGAUAUUUGGCUUUAUGUUAAUAAAGGUGUUAGUUUAGGUCGAGGACAUUAUAAAGCUAGUUGUUGUGGCUUAAAAAGAACAGUAUUGGAUAAAAUUUAUGAAACAGCUGCAUUAAUUUGGAAUAAUUUACAUUAUUCAGAAGAGUCAUGUAUACAAUUAUUGGUAGAAAUGCGAAGUUGGAAACGAAAAGAUGAACCUUACCAUCUUUCCUAUAAUUCUACUCAUGAAACACCAAUUAAAUGGUGGUGUAGUGUAUAUGUUGAUGAUGAUCAAGAUCAACUCCAACAAUUAGCAUUACAUUUAUUCUCAAUUGUUCCUUCACAAGCUGUCUGCGAAAGAAACUUUUCAAUGCUUAAAUGGUUUUAUGGUAAUAAGCGAACUCAACUUUGUCUUUCUCGAGUAGAAGAUAUAACAAAAAUAUGCUCUUACUAUCUUUUAAAUUCUGAUAAAGAACUUCAGCUUUAUGGCAAAGAUUUAAAUAAUAAAGAGCUAUAUGAAAGUAUUAAUACAUCAAUGAUUACAUAUGAUUUACUUGAAACUUCAGAUGAGAAUACUAAUAAUGGUAGAACUAGUGAUUUAGAAGAUAUUAAUGGAAGCGAAGAUUUGGAAAAUCUAACAUUAAAUAUUGCAGAUUCAGUAGAUUUGGCGUUGCCAGAAUUUUUAGCAUCUGGAGAUGCGGUAUUUUCUUCAGAACCUGUUACAACUAAUCGGGCUAGAAAUGUAGGUAAUAUGAAUUACAAUCCUAUUGAAUUAGCACGUCAAAUG